CUACGCAUGCGCCAAACAUGAUGGGUGCGAGAGCGGAGACGAAGUGAAACGUAUUUCAAGUAUUUAAAGUAAAAGGAAGUGUUCCUCUGGAGGAAUAAAAGACAGACAUAAAGGAUAAACACUACCUUUUCAGCCUCAGUCUUGGCAUGCUGCCAAAGAGACAACCUACAAUUUCUGCUUAUAAAGGAAAUCAUCUGGUUCCACUCCAGUGAUGCCUUCCCAAUGGUGGGAGCAGUGGCCCCUGCUGGACAAUAAUGGUUCCACUAACUUCCUGGACAAUACCAGCUGCUUUGACCCCACGCAGAGCAGUCCACUCAACACCCUCAACUUUGGAGGAGUGCCGGUUGUGCUGCUGCUCGAUUUCUCAGUCUUCCUGGUGUUGCUGAUCCUCUUCUCCAUCAUCAGGAGGCAGUUUUGGGACUAUGGCCGUUUGGCGCUAGUUGCAGACCAGGAGGGGUUUACAGAAUCAGCACAUCGUCGCUAUGGGCGUAUGUCCUCUGUUGUUUCCAGCGUGGAGGACCCUGAGUAUGAAUUGGGAUUCUGCUCUUGGCUCCCUUACAUCCUCAGGAUGGAUGAAGAAAAAAUCAAAUCCAGAUGUGGCAUGGAUGCUGUUCACUACCUGUCUUUCCAGCGACACUUGAUCGGCCUCCUGAUCGUUAUAACUGUCACCUCCCUUGGGAUUAUUCUUCCUGUCAACUUAAGUGGAGAUCUUAUGGGUGAUAAUCCACAAAGUUUCGGAAGAACAACUAUAGGAAAUCUUCAGGCAGGAAACAACCUAGUAUGGCUGCACACAGUGUUUGCAGUUCUAUACUUGGUCCUGACAGUUUUCCUGCUGCGACAUCACACGUCUCAAAUCAAAGGCAUGCGCAGAGAGACAGCCAGGAACACUUUGUUUGUGUGUUCAGUCCCUAAAACAGCAACAGAGGAAGCUGUAAAGUCCCAUUUUACAGAGGCGUAUCCCUCCUGCAGAGUGUGUUCUGUGACUCUGAGCUACGACGUAGCCAAGCUUAUGUACCUUGAUAAAGAAAGGAUACGAGCUGGGAAAAACCUUCGCUUUUAUGAGCGUGUCUUGGAGACAACAGGGAAACGUGAACUAAUUAACCCUCGUUUGUGUGGUCACCUCUGCUGCUGUGCUGAAUCUGAAAAGGUUGAUGCAAUUGAGUAUUAUAGUACUAAAGAAAAAGACCUGCUGGAAGAAGUGAGGAAGCAGGUGGAACUGGUGCCAGAGCGCCCCCUGGGGAUGGCCUUUGUCACCCUGCAGACUGAGGCUAUGGCAAAGUACGUUCUGAAAGACUUCAAUGCACUCGAGUGUGGCGGCGCAAUCUGCUGCAGGAGGGUCCGCCAGCCGUCAUCCAAUUACGAAAGUCUGAAAGUGAACAAGUGGUGGGUCAGCUUUGCACCACACCCAAAAAACGUUUUCUGGGACAAUCUGUCUGUGCAAGGUUUCCCCUGGUACCUCCGCUAUGUGAUGCUCAACUUCCUCCUCUUCUUCCUGCUCACCUUCCUCACUACUCCCACCAUCAUCAUCAGCACCUUGAACAAGUUCAACGUGACGAGGCCCAUCUACUAUCUUAAUAGCCCGAUUGUCACUCAGUUCUUCCCCACUCUCCUGCUGUGGGCUUUCUCUGCACUGCUGCCCACCAUAGUCUACUAUUCCACUCUGGGAGAGGCACACUGGAGCAGGUCCAGUGAGCAGCUGAGUAUGAUGCGGAAACUGUACUUCUUCCUGCUCUUCAUGGUGCUCAUCCUGCCAUCACUCGGACUCACAAGUCUUGCCUUGUUUUUCCGCUGGCUAUUUGAUAAAGAGUUUCUCGCAGGUGGAAAACUGAGAUUUGAGUGUGUGUUCUUACCUGACCAAGGAGCAUUUUUUGUCAACUAUGUGAUCGCAGCAGCCUUGGUUGGCUCUGGGAUGGAGUUGCUGCGGUUGCCAGGGUUACUGCUUUACAUCAUUCGUAUGGCAUUUGCUCGCUCUGCUGCUGAAAGGAAAUAUGUCAAACAGAACCAGGCAUACGAGUUUGAAUAUGGAGCCAUGUAUGGCUGGAGCUUGUGUGUGUUCACUGUCAUUAUGGCUUACAGCAUCACAUGUCCCAUUAUUGUGCCCUUUGGUCUCCUGUACAUGAUGCUGAAGCACCUGGUGGACAAACACAACAUGUACUUUGCCUACCUGCCUGCUCGCCUAGACCGCCAGGUCCACCUGGCAGCUGUCAAUCAAGCUCUGGCCGCACCCAUCAUCUGCCUGAUAUGGCUUUACUUCUUCUCUGUCCUCAGAACAGGAUUCCGGGCUUCAACCUCUUUAUUCACCCUGGUGGUUUUGUUUAUCACUGUCUUCAUCUGCGUCAGCUACACCUGCUUUGGCCAUUUUAAAUACCUCAGUCCACACAACUAUGAGGUCAAUGAGGAGGAUGAGGAUACAGCAGAAGGAGCAGAGGAUAACACCACGGUGUACCUCCCUCGAGUGCUCAAUCCUAAAUCACCUGCCAGCACUCCACAGGAGACAAAACCUGAGAAGGGUUACGGCUCAACAGACGGAAGCCUGACCUUAAGCUCCAGCCCAGUGGAGGGAAGUACGUCAGAUGCUUGAACCAGCGUUUUUUUAUUUUUAAUUUAAUUCUUUUUUUACUUUGGAGUGAGGAUCCCCAUGGCUUUGCAUUUUGGUUUUUAUUUCCUUUUACAAAAUUCUUGCAUGGCAGCCUGAUUCAACCUCAGCCUGUCCCACUGAGAGAUAUAAUCUCCAGAUUGUACUUGAUAGGAAAAUACACUCGAUUAAAAGAUCAAGACUUCCACACCUUAUGCUUAUAUAAAUACACUAUAUGAGUUCAAGAAUCUUUAAAGAGCUGAAUUUUAUAAUUUGUAUUAUUUAUUGCAAUUGAUCAGCAAAGUGUGGACAUUCAUAAGAAAACUGCUUUGCCUUCUUUUGCCCCAUAGAUUUUUUAAUGAAACUUCCCUGCUAGUCAAACUUGACCAAGUAAUGUAGACCUGAAUGUUUUGUAUAUAAUUGCAGAAAUCCUUUUUUGCACAUGCCAAAGCUAAUGAUUCAGAUAUUAGCAGAACAAGAAAAUCACACCUGUGACACUGCAGCCAAAGAGGUAAUUGAGCAGGGCUUUCUAUUCUGUCAGGUUAGGACUCCUUCUUUGAUACAGGACAACAUAUGCCAAGGGAAUUACAUAUUACCUAAUGUUAAUGCAAACAUUUAGGAGAAGAGAGGAGAAUCCUGUCUAUUGUUUACUGACUAACGUUUACUUUCUUUGCUGUUGUUAGACAAAAGAACAAAAACUUAUAUGAGCACUGCAGGAGAUGCAACCAUUUUUUUUUUUAAUUUUUUUGUUGAAGAUCAGAUCCUGAUGCUGUACCAAUAAUGGAGUUUUAACAGGUCAGUGUUUAUUUUUAUUUAAUGUACUGGUACACUGAAGUUUUGCUACUGUGUUUUAAAAAUGUGCCUUUUAACAAGAAUCUGAUAUACAGAAAUGUAACUGUACACUGGUUGCUUAACAGAUAAAAUGUCUCAGCCUUAGCCUUUUAUUUGGUGGUAUAAAUGUGGAUUUAACUAAAAAAAAAUGCAAACAGGAAAAACUUUGCUGUUGUGUGUGUUGUCAUUAGGGGGCACUGUUGAGCUGCAGUGGGGUAGAUUAACCUCUGAUGUGUCCACACAGUAGUGAAAGAGGACAAAUGCACAGAGGAUUUCUAACUUCUCCUGACAUUGGUAUGAGCCAGUUUACUGGGCGACAAAACCAGUAGCUCCACCUCCUCACCUGAUCUCUCACUAUUGUCUCCCUUUCUCUUCACUUUCUCCUCAACUCCUCUUUCUCCUGCCCCUUUUCCUUUUCUUCACACCAGUACCAACAUCAGCUGAGAGAGACCUCUGUUACUAUUGGAGGGCUUGUAACAUGCUAUAGAGAUUAGCACGGUUGUUAAAUAUGGGGCAUGACGUGCCAAGCUGACAACAUAUGCUUGGUAUUAGUUAAGAUAAUGUUUUGGGGUAUUGGUGGAGGAUCCAAGGAAUCACAAAAGAUAUUGACAUGAACAGAAACAACAGUUAUCAACAGUGUACCUCAAGCAUCUGAUGAACACAAACAGAUAAACUACCGACACAAAUUUCCCACUGUGACUAAAAUAUAGACCCUUCUAGUCGAAGGCCUGACUGAUGUCAGCUUUUUCAGUCAAAUGCAGAACAGAUUUAAGCAGUGGAAUAAAGUUGCCAAUCUGUUGGCUCAUAUAGUGCAUUAUCUGUUAACUGUAUGCCCUUUUUGCACUAAUUGGAUGAUGUUUAGACACUCUAAAAGCUGCUUUGUUAUGUAACUUUAUAGGAGAAUAUUUAAAGUCUAUGUCAAGAAACAUUUUUAUACUAAAGGAGAAAAUUAACCACAAGGUAAAAUUUUAGUCAUAAAAAAAAGAGAAGUAAAAAAAGGCAAGUUUCAAAAUCUUAAAAAAUUAACAAUAAUCUCUACCUAGAGAUUCUGUGGGUGUCUUAUUCACUAAAAUGGAUCAAAUGCCAAGAUGUUAACAGGAUCAGCUGAUCAAGUCCAUUAAUACAGUGGUUGGUCAGUGUUCUACCCUUACCUUCAGCAGAACUCUGAAAAAAAGGCUUGACCUCCAAACUCAGUAUACAGGUACAACUAAAAAAAAUUAGAAUAUUAUGACAAUGUUCAAAAAUUUUUUGUCAUUCAUUUCAGAAAUCAAAACCCAUAUAUUAUAUAGACUAAUUACACAUAGAGUGAAAUGUUAUUAUUAUAUAUUAUAUUAUUUCUUGACAUGUUGAUGAUUAUGGCUUAUAGAUAUGAAAACCAGAAAAUUAGAGUAUUACAUAGGAUCAAUAAAAAAGGGAUAUUUUAAACAGAAAUGUCAGGCUUC